AUGAGAUCAUUUGCUGAAAGUGCUGUCAAGAAACCACCAUUCUUUCUUUCAAAAAUGAUUAAAGACUUGAUUUUCGAACGUAUCAGCAAAUGCCCAAAGCCUGAGGGCGUUACUUAUUCCUACGGUACCGCCGGCUUCAGAAUGAAGGCUGAAUUGUUGGACUAUGUUAAUUACACCGCUGGAAUAUUGGCCCUGUUGAGGUCCAAGUACUUGAAGGGCCAGGCUGUGGGAGUGAUGAUUACUGCUUCUCACAAUCCUCCUCAGGAUAACGGUGUGAAGGUUGUGGAUCCUUUGGGCAGCAUGUUGGAGCCUACUUGGGAGAAGUAUGCUACUGAUUUGGCCAAUGCUAGUCACCUGGAGUUGGCAAACACCGUGGAGAAGCUUGUGAAGGAAUUGGGUAUUGACCUUUCUGUUCCUGCCAAGGUUGUCAUUGCUAGAGACUCUCGUGAGUCUUCGCCUAGGUUGUCUGAUGCCACAAUUGCUGGUGUGGAGUCGAUUCCUGCUUCGUCGUUUACUGACUUUGGCUUGUUCACCACUCCACAAUUGCACUACGUUACACGUACGACCAAUGACCCUGAAUUUGGUAAAACCCUGGAACAGGGCUACUACCAGAAGUUGGCUGAUUCAUUCAAGGAAAUCUUUAAGCUUGGUGGUGGUGAGAAGGUGGAUAUCACUGUCGACUCGGCUAACGGUGUAGGUGCACCAAAGGUCAAGGAUCUCUUUGAGAAGUACUUGAAGGAUGAAAUCAGCUAUUCUUUGGUUAACAGCGACUACGAGAAGCCAGACUUGCUUAAUUACGACUGUGGUGCCGACUAUGUCAAGACCAACCAGCAUCUUCCAAAGAACGUUACGCCCCAGGCAGGUAAGUUGUAUGGUUCUUUCGAUGGUGAUGCCGACAGAUUGAUCCAUUACUACCAGACUGAAGAUGGCACUUUCAAGUUGUUGGACGGUGAUAAGAUUGCUACCUUGAUUGCCUUGUUCUUGCAAAGAUUGUUGAGCAAGAUCGACACCUCUAAGCUCAAGUUGGACAUUGCCGUGAUCCAGACCGCUUACGCCAAUGGCUCUGCUACUAAGUAUGUUAGUGAUGUCUUGAAGUUGCCAGUCCGUUGUACGCCAACUGGUGUGAAGCACUUGCACCAUGAAGCAGAAAAGUACGACAUUGGUGUUUACUUUGAGGCCAAUGGUCACGGAACCGUGAUCUUUUCCAAGGAAGCUGAGAAGAAGAUCUUCUCUCACGAAUCUUCCUCUCCUGAAGAAGCCGAGGCUUUGAAGGUCCUUCAGCAGUUUACCAAGUUGAUUAACCAGACUGUGGGAGACGCCAUCUCAGACUUGUUGACUGUGUUGGUAAUCCUUCACUACUUAAAGUUGUCUCCAGAGCAAUGGGAUAACGAGUACAAAGAUUUGCCUAACAAGUUAGUCAAGGUUGUGGUGCCAGACCGUACUGUUUUCAAGACUACAAAUGCCGAAAGAACUUUGGUUGAGCCUGCUGGAAUGCAAGAUAAAAUUGAUAGUAUUGUGUCUAAGUACACAGACGGCAGAUCGUUUGUGAGAGCCUCUGGAACUGAGGAUGCUGUUCGAGUAUAUGCUGAAGCUGACACCACGGAACACGCUAACGAGUUGAGUGAAGAGGUGUCGGCUUUGCUCAAAUGA